UUAAGCAUUUAGAAUUUUCUUGUCACACCUAUUGCAAGGAGAGAUUGAUCUGUGGUCUGAAGCAGCCCACAUCAAAUUUGGUUCUCUUCUUAAAGCAUCAACAUUACUUGAAACUUUGGAUAACAUUGGAAGAAGAGUUCACAAUUAAAGUGGCCUCUGCAGGAAGCAGGCAGUUGAAAACUGACAAUAAAGAGAAAGAUGGCAGGCUUGAGUCCCAACCUUCAUGAAGACCCUGAAAUUGAGCUUUUUGUAAAGGCUGGUAGUGAUGGGGAAAGUAUUGGAAACUGUCCUUUUUGCCAACGACUUUUCAUGAUCCUCUGGCUUAAAGGAGUUAAAUUCAAUGUGACUACUGUUGACAUGACCAGAAAACCUGAAGAACUUAAGGAUUUAGCACCAGGUACCAAUCCUCCAUUUCUGGUGUAUAACAAGGAAUUGAAAACAGACUUCAUUAAAAUUGAAGAGUUUUUAGAACAGACGCUGAUCCCUCCAAGGUAUCCUCACCUGAGUCCCAAGUAUAAGGAGUCCUUUGAUGUGGGCUGUAAUCUCUUUGCCAAGUUUUCUGCGUACAUUAAGAAUACUCAGAAGGAGGCAAAUAAAAAUUUUGAAAAAUCUCUGCUCAGAGAAUUUAAGCGCCUUGAUGACUACUUAAACACACCACUCUUGGAUGAAAUUGAUCCAGACAGUGAUGAGGAAUUCACAGUUUCCAGAAGAUUAUUCCUGGAUGGGGAUCAGAUGACUCUGGCUGACUGCAGCUUGUUACCCAAAUUGAACAUUAUUAAAGUUGCUGCCAAGAAAUACCGUGACUUUGACAUUCCAACAGAAUUCUCAGGAGUCUGGCGCUAUCUCCACAAUGCAUAUGCCCGUGAAGAAUUUACCCACACAUGUCCUGAAGACAAAGAAAUUGAAAAUACCUAUGCAGGUGUAGCUAAACAAAACAGUUAGGACAGCUCAAAAAUGAAAAAUAAUCUUUCUUUAUUUUUAGAUCUUCAUCAUAUUAGAAAGGUUUGUGGAUUUAAUAAUGUGGGAAAUAGUUUCCUUUCUCCAACUCUAAUG